GCUGAACCCCUGUAACAGAGCUCUAAAACCCGCUGGAGAAAAAGGAGUCCACCCCCCACCCACUCACUCACCCCCACCAAAGACCAACACGCACACAAACACAGAGAAAAGAGAGAAAGUGGUGCGCAUCCUCGGCGCAAGAGGAGGACCAGGACGGAGCGCGCCGGAGGCGACACCUGUCAUCCCGUCACUAAACACACUUGCUUUUAUUUUAUUUUUCCAAAAACUGAGGAACCCCGAAGACCUGCGGGGAUAAACCAGGGGUUGGAAACAGGGAUCACUCGCACCUACACUGCCGAUGUUUAGAUUGUAUUGCAUCCGCUCAGGGAGAGACCCUGAGCCCUCCGAGGAGAGGGGAAAAAAGAGUCCUGCGAGGCAAUAACGUCAUAUCGAGCCGCUUUGGAGUUGAAGUGCAAGUUGGUGUUGGGUGUAGAUGCGCGCUGAGGGGAAAAGGACCGGGAACAGGAGCACGGCGGGCGAGAGAAACGGGACUUCGGAGGUUUUGCCUCCACCUUUCAGUCGCACGGGCUUUGUCCGCACGUAUUACCCCACAGAAGAAAGGCAAAGUGAAACAACAGGGUGGGAGUUGAGGAGUGCGCAUCGCGGAGCCGCGGCGCGGGCGGACCGAGCAUCCCCCCGGUCCACAGCUCCUGGCCGGGACUUAUCUAACUUAAGAGGAUGAUAUGACCAGGAUCCCCCCGAGGGAAGCAAGUAAAGACAGCAGCGGAAAGGAGAUCACAAAAGGCUGGUGGUCACUAACUCUCAGCCGGUUUCCCUGCUGAAGAAAACACCUGUAAAGUGAAGAAUACACCCGGAUUGUUCAUUUCUACCAGCCUGUCGAGGAACUCCUCGCACUGAGCCACAUUAUAGUGUCAGUCAAAGUGGACUGCGUUCAAUAUACACCAUCAUCUGACUUUCCUGCCUCUGAAGAAAACUUUGUGAAAACUGAAAAGGAAGUAAUAAAAUAUUUAACAGGAGGAGAGUGAGAGUCAAACUGAGAGGAAGAAAGAAGCUUUUGACUUGAAUCCUGAUCAUAAAGUCUGUACUCCUGUCUGCGGAAGCCUGGCAUUCAUAGAAACUGAACAUGUUUGUUAAUGUCACUGAACUGUGGUGUUUAUGUUGUACUAAUUGUGAUUGUGCAACCUCAACAUCAAAUCUUAAUAUAUUUCAAUAGGGGUACUUUGCUGGAUUUUCCUAAGCUACAACGACUUAGCUUCUUCCAUUUCUCUCCUUGUUCAUCUCUCAAAACCACUACCUGGAUAUUCAAAGCAAGUGCAAAACAGCACGGUACUAUUUUUGGACGAGUAUCCAGGAUUGAUUUUGACUUCCGAAAAGGACCCUUGAGCUCUUAACUAACUUCUGACUGACUGUCCAAGUGUAGCACUUGGAUGUGGAGGGGUGGCUUCAGAAUUAGGCCUCUGGACACUCAGUGAAGAUGACUUAAGUUGGCAUGCCUAAAACCCCCUUACCCAGAGUAGGAGAGAGCGCUUUGCAGCAAGACACACAUACACAUGCAAACAACACACAAAUGUGGAUGCCGAGGCGGCUGUGAGCCAUGCUGGUGUUGCUACUUGUGGAGCCCUGGAGUACAGGCUAUCAUCAUCCUUAUCAUCAUUCACCAAAGCUGAGGAAGAUUCAACGGCCUGAAGGGAAGAGGCUAUACUUCUGAACGAUUCAAAAAGGGCUGUGAAACAGUGCUAAGACACAGCCAUCCAAGGCAGCGUCCUCAAUCACACAUACAGACACUGUAAUACUUCUCUGCACAAGUCUCUGGUACAAGAAAAACAAAGCAGCAGCGGACGUGAAAGGCACAGAGCCUGAGCAGUCAAGAGCUGUGCACCAACAUGGCAGCCGAGAGUCUUGCUGAGCUCCGUGAUUGGCUGUUUCUUCUCCUCCUGGUCCUCACCUUAUUGGCUGAGGUGCUAGAGUUGGCAGCCGCGGCCAUUGCCAUGGAGACGGGCGAGGGAGAUGAGGGCAUUGUCUGUCCCUCAGUGUGCCGCUGUGAUGAGGGUUUUGUCUACUGCAAUGAUCGUGGCCUGAGUAUAAUUCCUCCAUUGCCAUUAAUGGCUGCCAUCCUCUACUUGCAGAGCAAUCGUCUGAGUAAUGCUGGGCUGCCCCCGUCACUGGAACGCAGCACUUCCAUACGAGUGAUUUACCUUUACGCCAAUCAGUUGGAUGAAUUCCCUAUACAUCUCCCGCCUUCCUUAAGGGAGCUCCAUUUGCAGGAUAAUAAUAUACGAACGUUACCGCGAUCAGCUCUGGCCAAGUUACCAUUACUAGAACGCUUACACCUGGAUGAUAACUCUAUAUCCACUGUUAGCAUCCAGGACCGAGCGUUCUCUGGGACUCCACGGCUCAGACUUCUGUUUCUGUCUCGAAACCACCUGUCGAGCAUCCCUGCAGGCCUACCAGCAUCACUAGAAGAGUUGCGACUAGAUGACAACCGAAUCAACACCAUUCCCACACAUGCCUUCCGUGGGCUCUCCUCCCUCCGACGCUUAGUUCUGGAUGGAAACCUGCUAGCUAACACACGCAUCGCAGAUGACACCUUUUCUCGUCUAUCCAACCUAACUGAGCUGUCACUGGUCAGGAAUGCUCUGCAGUCUCCACCAGUCAACCUGCCUUCAACUCACCUUGUGCGACUUCAUUUACAAGACAAUGGAAUGACUCACAUACCGAGAGGAGCGCUUGAUGGGAUGCGCCACCUACAGCGUUUGGACCUGUCAGGAAACAACCUGACCAGUCUCCCUCGAGGACUUCUGAGAGACACUGAAAGUCUGGAGUUGCUGUUGCUACGAGGAAAUCCUUGGUACUGUGGGUGCAACGUCCGCUGGCUUCAUGCCUGGCUGCACAGUCGAGGGUCUGGGGUGACAGUUAGAGGUCUUACCUGUCAGGGGCCUGAGGCUGUAAGGGGCCAGGCACUGAAAGACCUUUCAUCUUUGAUGGAGCAGUGUGAAGGCCCCCCUGCUGGUCCCAGUAUUGGAAUCGGAGUGGACCCAGCAGAGAAAGAAAGGGGUGAAGACAGUGUUAGAGGCGGCCAAGCAGUUCCCCCUGGUGGCACCACAAGUACCUCUCUGUUGGUCCCUACACAAGGCUCCCUCUUCACUUUGCGAGCCAAGCGACCUGGCCUUGUUAUGCCUCUGCCACCAGGCGAAAGUGGACAGGUAUCUGGAGAGGCCUUAGAGCUCACUGUAAAACAUCUGUCUUCAGACAGUGUACUGGUGAGUUGGCUGUGCCCCCUGCCAGCCCCUUCCUUUCGCCUUUCGUGGCUGAGGUUAGGUAGCAGUGCAGCUCUUGGUUCAAUAACAGAGACAUUGGUUCCUGGAGAGAGGAGGCAGUAUCUCCUUACCCAGCUCACUCCACGCUCCCAUUACCUCAUCUGCCUGCUGCCAUUACGUCAGGAAGCUUCGUUUGGUGGUUCCAGCAUGGGUUCAUCUAGAGCUGGAAGUAUGGACACAGACAGUAAAGACUCUGCACCAGCCUGUGCUCAGAUAGAGACUGGAGAAGCUCUGGUCAGCUCUGGAAGUGAGGGAUCAGAUAAAGAGGGACAGGACUCAGAACUAACAGCCUUGCCAUUGGCUGGGAUAAUAGGGGGUGCGACAGCAUUGGUAAGCCUCCUCUUAAUAUUUGGAAUCUUUUGCUGGUAUGGACAGAGAACAGGUUACAUGUCUGGGGACUCAGGUUCAUACAGCAGGGGACGCGGUGGAAAACAUUAUGAUGACUAUGUGGAGUCAGGCACCAAGAAAGACACUUCCAUCUUAGAAAUCAGGGCCCCUCCUGCAGGGUUUCAGAUGACAGCUAUGGCACAUCAGCCCCUGCAGCCUAAACUGGAGGAUGUCACCUACAUCCACACCAUAUUCCCCUCUUCCUCCUCUUCCUCCCAACCUAAUGGGACCUACCGAAGCAGCCAUGGAGCUGGCACCAAUGGCACCAUCCUCAGCCAAACCAGCCACCAUCAUGUCACAUAUGGCACCAACCGUGGCUACAGAGAGGGUGGCAUACCUGACAUAGAUUAUGCCUACACGUGAUGAUUCAGGGGACACACUCCCUGAGCCACGAGAACCCCGCGGUUAGUGGCCGUUUCGUCCUUGGUUUCCAAAGUACCCUCUGUGCCUCUGCUGGUUCAAUUCUGAUUGGUUUGCUAAGUAGAGAAGACUGAUUUGAGCUUUGAUGUUGGGACAAUGCUACCGGGUGACAGAACAGGUCUUCUAUACUACUGUUUAUUAGAUAAUACAGUAGGCCCCUUCUUUCAGCUCUACUUAUAGUUAUAAAUGGUUACGUUUUCUUCUUUGGGUAUCUCAGUGUCUUUCAAAUUGUUGUUCUCAGCUCAAAAUAUUACACAGUAACUUAUUUGAGUUUGAUAUACUAGGCUUAGCUGAUUUAGCAGGAGAUAUUUAUAAUAUGAGGAAAAAGAACUUGAUGUGUAUAGAGAUAGCACUCAUAUCUUCCUACCAACUGUAAGCUCUGUGCUGUAUAGAUAAAAAGGAUAACGGAAAGAGGAAUCAAUGGUUGUUAUAACAGAUGACACUGCAUCAUGGAUGACAUGAAAAGAUGUGUUCCUACCCCGUCCUUUCCUCUGGUUUACUCCCCUCCUUUUAAUUUUUUUCUUUUCUCUUUUUUCUUUUUCUUUUUAGCUUAGGCUCUUUUCCUUUCAUUGCUCUGGUGUCUUUUGUGUUGCUGUGAGCAGAGGACGACUUUGUUCUCGCCAAGGGAGCUGACAGCAGUGAUAACAGUUCUGACAGAGACGGGAGACACAACCCACAGCAUGGGGAGACUAAUGAGUGGAAGAGAGAGAGAGAGAGAGAGAGAGAGAGAGAGAGAGAGAGAGAGAGAGAGAGAGAGAGAGAGAGAGAGAGAGAGAGAGAG